GAAUUCGCCAUGCGAUGUUUUCCUUGUGAAUCAGUGAAAUAAUUUAAAUCUUAUAAAAUCCAAAGCAUGAUUAUGGAGCCGACAAUGUCUAAAAUUUCGAACAGGCUAAUUGCUGCCAUAGCGAUAAGUACACACGCAAGCAAACUACGUCGUCCCAUUUACAUAACCUCACGCGAUUACUGUGAUAGUAAAUCCAUUUAUGAGCGCUUAGAACAAGGAAAACUGCCACGCGUGGUACACGGGCAGGAAUACCCUGAAUGGAGGAAGCCUUGGAUAGAGCGAGACGGCGAAUGGAAAACAAAAUUAGCAGUAUUCACGGAUAAGAAUCCGAGCACGGAAAUACUGAAUGCAAUGCAAAAAUUACCCAAUCUUGAUGUUCAGGCGGUGAAAGAUUGGUGGGCGGAGAUGAAAGAAGUGCAAGAGAUACACAAUCAAAAGUAUCUGCCUGAAAGAGUGGCUGUGUUGGGAACUAACUUGGCUGCUAUGCACUUCUUCAUCUACCGACAUUGUGCCAUCAGAUUGAAAGAUUCCAAAAUAUGGAUGACUGGUUUUAUGCCGCAGCUUAAGUUGCCUGAUAAAUAUGUAGAUGGAUACUAUGUAGAAGCUGUGGACUGCUCCAAAUUUCACCACAAUGGCAUUCGUUAUGAAGGACUUCAAAACUUAAGCGGUUUGAACUUUCUAAAGUGGCUAUCUCUGAAGAAUAACAAGCACAUUGAUGUGUGGUGUCUAGAUAGAAUAGCUGGCCAGAAUGGAAAUACUUUGGAGUACUUAGAUAUUACUGGCAUGCAAUUAACAGCUGAGGCUGUGUUUGCAUUAAGUAGAAUGCCAGCUCUCAAAGUUGUCCGUAUAACGGAUCCAGGUGAUAAUAUUGAUGUACAAGCUGCUCUAUCCAUUCUUGAAAGUGAAAACUCUAAUCUGACCAUAAAAGCUGAAUUUCCAGAAGUAAACAAAUCAUUAUUACCUGAACAUGCUGAACCUAAAAAAGAAGAAUUUUGAACAGUAACCAAAACCAAAAAUCAAGGAACCAGUGCUUUACCUU